AUGGAAGGCAGCAGGUCCAUUAUCCUUCGUACAGGCGACACCAUCUUUGCCUUCUUAGCCCUUUAUUUCACUACUCUCUUCUCUCUUGAUGCCUGGGCUGCUGCGCGUGGAUCGCCGUACCGCGCACCCGGCAGUGACUCGUUCAAUCGCCCUGCGUCCACACCUCCGGCGCCAGAGAGUUACCAGGCCGACAUGCAUGGUCGUGGAAAUGCGGGCCCGGCUAAUGGCGAUGGCAGCGGUAGGAACAGGAAUCUUGGGAGGGUGGCCCAGGCGAGAGACUCAAGACCACCGAUCAAGAUGGGAGGUACAGCCGGCUGUGGGGCUUGUGUAAUCUAG